CAUUUUUGGGUGCAGCUUUUAAGAAUAAGGAAAAGGGUGUGUGAAUUAGAGAAAAAAAAAAAUUCUUGCACUCAAGAAACACAAAAAGAGUUUAAAAAAUAAUUCUUGCACUCAAGAAACACAAAAAAAAAAAAAAAAAAACUUUUUUUUUUUGUUUCUUUGUUUUAGCAUUUAUAAUAUGUAUGUAUAUUAACUGCUGUUUAUAUUCAUUUUUGGGAGAAUAGGGAAAAGAGUGUGUGAAUUAGCUAAAAGAAAAGUUGUUUUGCACUUAAGAAACACACAAAAAAAAAAAAAAAAAAAAGUAUUUUCCUGUUUUUUUCUCUCUGUUUCAGCAUUUACUAUAUGUAUGUAUAUUAACUGCUAUUGUAUUCAUUUUUGGGUGCAGCUUUUAGAAUAACGAAAAGGGCGUGUAAAGAAAAAAGGUUCUCUUGCACUCAAGAAACACACACACACACACAAAAAAAAAAAAAAAAAGACUUCUCUUGUUUUUACUUUCUCUGUUUCAGCAUUUACAAUAUGUUUCUUAGUUUCUAUAUUAACUACAAUAUGUUUUUCGUUUCCUGGACCCCGCACAUAGCGGGAGCUUAGUGCACCAGGUUGCCCUUUAUUAACUGUUGUUGUGUUCUUUUUUGGGUGCAGCUUUUAGAAAAGGGAAAAGGGUGUUUAGAAAAAGUUUUCUUGGAGGAGAUGAGUGGGACCUUGGAAAUGGGGGUGGGGGUGGGGUAUGACUAUGGAUUCCGGCCACCGUUUACGGCGGUGCAGUGGCAGGAAUUGGAGCAUCAAGCAAUGAUUUAUAAGUAUUUGGUGGCAGGAUUACCUGUGCCGCCGGACCUGGUAGCACCGAUUCGCCGGAGUUUUAAUGCUAUUUCAGCCAGUGGGUUACUGUUCCUAUUAUGGGAAGAAGUUUGACCCCGAGCCAGGAAGGUGUAGAAGGACAGAUGGAAAGAAGUGGAGGUGCUCGAAAGAUGCACAUCCUGACUCCAAAUAUUGUGAGCGGCACAUGCAUCGCGGCCGUAACCGUUCAAGAAAGCCUGUGGAAUCUCAAACUACAUCCCAGUCCUUGUCGACAAGUAUAUCACACAUUACUACUGGGAGCAGCAAUAGAAGUGGAAGUUUCCAAAGCAAUAGCAGUGGAAGCUUUCAAAAUAUGCCAUUAUAUUCCGUUGCUAAUUCAGAUGGAAUGAGUUAUGGAAGCACUACUACGAAACUGCAGAUGGAGCCUGCCUCCUAUGGGAUAAAUAACAAGGACUAUAGGUAUCUCCAUGGAAUGCCUCCUGAUGCUGAUGUGGCUGGUUCUAACACGGACAACAUGUGGCGUCUGAUGCCAUCACAAAUCCCGUCAAAGCCCAUGACUAAUCCGAAAAAUGACUCCCAGCUGCUGGGCGGCUCCUCAGCUAAUCCAUUUGAACCUGUGAUUAAAUCAAAACAGCAACCCCAACAUUGCUUCUUUAGCAGUGACAUAGGCUCGCCUGGUACAGUAAAGCAGGAGCCGCAGAAUCCAAUGCGCUCGUUCUUUGACGAGUGGCCUACAUCCAAAGAAUCGUGGUCCAAUCUCGACGAGGUGUCCAGCAAAAAUAAUUUCUCCACCACUCAGCUGUCCAUAUCCAUUCCAAAUGCUCCUUCUGGAUUCUCUUCAAGGAGUGCUUGUUCCCGAAAUGAUGCUUGAGGAAGUUGACGCUGCACUAACUCUAAGCAGUCUUUGGUGCUAUGCAGAGGAAUGAUUGUCCUAGAGUUUACUCAUGAUAUAACAGUAAAAGCAAGACGUGUAGGUGGAUCGACCCAUCAAGUUGUGACCUCUGCUUGUAUGAGCUACAUGUACUUUUUAAUAUUACUGGUUCAUUUAGUCCUUGCAUUGUGUUUGUAGUUGUGCUUCAAUUUCAAUACUCUUUUAAACAAAUACUAGAUGGCUUAUAAGACAAGUUCUGCACUAGUUAGCCAUAAAAACAAUAGUGUAUUAUUCAAGUCAGUUGCUGAAUGAGAUGAUCAAUUUGUGGGAGAUCAACCCAUUUUAUGGUUGGAAAUCAUCUCAUUGAGGUUGUGGUUAAUUUUGUGUUUCGGUGCACUUGAUCUCUGACUAAUCCUAUUCUCAAGGAAACUCUUGUGGGUGUUAUUUGCCAUUAAAAAACGGGAUUUAAGUGAUGUUGUAUACAUUGAAUGUGUAUGGAAUUUUUUUGCACUAUAAGUAUGAUCUAACUUGUUAUAGCAAGUUACUUACCAUUU